UCCAUCUUGUGUAAUACUUCCUUUCGUUCCUAAUUUCUUGCCUCAACCAUCAUCCAUACCUAAAUUUUCUGCUUCUACAGUUCCACCCAUCAAAUAUGGCUGGCCCUGUUUUCGGAUUCCACCCUCACAGUUUCUGCGACCCUUCUGAUCACUGUGUUGUUCCUCUCGGAACACAAAAGGCUGCGCUACCGGGAAGUGGACCCCUCGUUUUUCGCUUCAAGGUACCGCCGACUUUCAACAUCGCCAAUGUUGAAGCACCGGUGAAUGUUCAUGCACCCAGGACCACAGACGGAAAGGGAAAGGAUGUCGAUGCAAUUGCAAGCGGCAGUAGUUACAUGGCUGCGCACUCUGUUAGAAACACCGACAUUAUUCCUGUCCUUUCAACCCAAAAGCCAAAUAUCGCGGACGAGGUAGCUGUCCCUGUCAUGCCGGUUGAGAGAAAACGGCACCAGAUCAUACGCUUGAAGGUAGCCGCACCCAAGAACACCACCACUGAAGCAGCGGUGAAAAAGGACCAAGAACAGGCCAAAACGCUCAAGAGCACCGGAAGUGUGAUGAUCGGAAAGGUUGGGUCGACUGCAGUGAACAAUAAGGCAACCAGUAACAGCUCUCCAAACGGAAAAGUUGUUCAUCAAGACAGAAAGAUUGGAGAGCCGAUGAAGAGUACUCCUGAGGGACUCAAGAAUAAACCUUCGGUCGCGGAAAACAAGUUCGAAGACAAGUUUGAGGCUUCAAAGAGAAAACUUGUAGAACAAUACAAAGGAAUUCAAGAGAGCAGGAAGAAGAUCAGGGUAAUCGAACUGAAAGAUCUUCCCAAGCAGCAAGGCACUCGUUCGGAUGCUCCUGCGCCGCUAACUAAAAAACGGAUGAUGAAGACCAAAUAUAGUGGACGUUAGCGCAAUGGGACAGUAGGAACCUCCAAGGAACGCAUUAUUUUUUGAUUUGUUGUAGAGUGUCCAACAUUAGUAUAUACCAACAGUUUAUGUAAUUACUUGAAACAUAUAUAUUUUACAUGUGCAGUUUAUUUGAUGAUUUGAACUACUUUUUUACUACUGAUAAUGUUAGGAUGUAAAACUCAUAUUAUCUGAUCAUCCAAUUGCCCACUUGUAUGAUAUUAAUACCUUCCAGUGUUACCUUUCUGCAAAUCCCCUGAAGAAUGGUGUUAACAGAGCCAUGAAUCAGGUAAUGUCAUUUUUCAGUUUCAUCCAUGAAUUAUUAAGCAUCAAGUAACAUCGUUAAUUAGAUAUAUUGGAUUGAAAUUGCAAAUAUAAUUCAAUUUAAAAC